AUGUCCGAAAAUAUAAACAACAAUCAGGUCAAUAAAAUUGCAAGCCAAUCGACAUCGAUGUCAUCGUCGGAUCCGACGCCCGUCGCCUGGCCAAACUUUGAGGCGCGCAUUCUGAAGCAGACGGUGCACAGCGUCUGCCUCGACUGGACGCCCAGCCCUAAUCCCGCCCGAGUCUACUCUGUGGAGAAGUACCACCGGCGACAUGGCUGGCAGCAGGUGCUCUGGACGAGCACGAGUCCUCAAACUAUCCACCAGCUGGAGGAGAACUUUGGCCAUCGUCUGCGCAUCCGAGCGCUGCAGCCGGCUCCGGAUGGCAGCCACUACGAGACGCUGGCCAUCUCGCCGGAUAUUAUUGCAACCACGGAGGCGUCGCUGCCGUCGACAAAUUGCUUGCAUCGCGCCAUUCGCAAGUCGCAGCAGUUUCUGGUGAAGCGCAUGCUGCGCCGCCGACCCAGCCUGGUUGACUAUCCGGGCCCGAACGGUUAUCUGCCGCUGGCCAAUGCCAUUAUGCAGGGCGAGAUGUGCAUCAUCGAUGUCCUGCUCUCGGCCGGCUGCAGCGUCCAGCUGGGCAAUCCCCAAAACGGACGCAGUCCGCUGCACCUGGCCUUCUAUCAUGGCCACCUGCCCUCGGCCCGCAUACUGCUGAACAAAAAGGCGCAGCUGGAGGCGACCGACUGCAAUGGGAUGACGCCCGCCCACUGUGCCGUGGACGCCAAUCGGCUGGAAAUGGUCAGGUUCGCACUGGAAGCGGGCGCCAAUCUGGAGGCGAGAGAUGCCUGCCAGUGGACGCUGCUGAUGCGCGCAGUGGUCAUGGACGCCAGCCUGGAGCUUAUCAAGCUGCUGGUUACCCACGGCGCCGACUUAACGGCUCGGGAUGCUCUCGGCAAAAGCUGCAGCGAUUUGGCCAAACUUUAUCGCCGGCAACAAGCCGGGGAUUACUUCGACAAGGUGCACAGGUUUCGAGAGGAGAAGGCAGCGGCGAUGGCGGCAACCGCGGCCAACACGCAACCGCAAAAGGAUUAAAUGCACCCGGCCGGCUAAUAGGAUAAAGCGCUCCUUUUGAAGGACACACUAAUGAGCAUAAUCUUAGGGGCUAAGCACGUGCUAUACCCUGGCAAAGUGAGCUUGUAAAUGGGUAUAUUGAAACAAAUAAGCACUUGGUAUACCCUAGCAAAGUAAGCUUGUAAAUGGGUAUAUUGAAAUAUGUUGGAUUAAGUCUUUAUAAAAUAAGCAAACUUAUGUGUUAAUAAAAUGUGUUAGGGGGGCACAUAUAUUGAAAAGUAUAUUAUCUGUACACUAUCUAGAUCUGACAAAGAUGACGAAAAGUACAUUAUCUACAUAGUU